UCUUUCGGAGACACCCCGCUAUUCACAAAGCCUGUCGCGCGCAAUCCAGCCGCCUGGCUGUGGUUUUCCCAGAUGGAGAGGAAGCGCAAAAACGUACGCAAACAUCGCAGGUCAAACCGUCUAACGGGAGUUGUGGUAAACCAAAGGAUGACGUGAACUACGCGAUUUGCGCAACCAUUUGUCGGGAGCUAUUCCUGCUGCCGGAGGUGGGAACGAGAAUACCCUCUAUGUUUCUUUUCCUAUAAAAAUGUGUAAAGGAGCGGUAGUCUAUACGGCAACCAAUUUCUCCGGAUAUACCGCUGGCUACACAGGCUACCUGGUAGAGCUUCGGGAGUUACCCGGUUAGUGAAUACGUUGAUGGUAACACAUUAGGGUAAUGUAAUACAUAAUUUGAAACUGACGUCUAUGCGACGUGUUUGCAAGAUGUUAGUACCUGUCAGGAAUCGACUUCGUUGCCUAUGGAGUGAAUGAUUUGGCAAACUCGCUACCCAUUGCCUAUUGGCAUGAAAAAAACAAGCACGAUCUAGUAUCAACGACGCAUUGAAGCAUGAAAAGAAUGUGUGACUACCAAAUCUUAGGAGCUGACUGUGUCCACUGGAACGUAUCAAAAUGACAGAGCCUCGUCGCUUCGUGGAAUCGCCUGACCUGAAUUCCUGAGUGUCAACCCGCCAGUUAGGGAACUGCGUGUAUUGGGGUACGUGUUGGUCAGUCUUUCAUUGAAGAAGCACUCCUUUCGCUACGACACCGGCAGCAGCGCCUUGCUCCUGGUCGGCUCGGGGAGUGAACUGGGUGGAUAGGCGGAGGAUGGGAGAGCGAACAGAACCGUAUCAGUGGGUCUCGGGAGGACACCGUCAUAAUACAGGGCAGUGAUGCCGGGCAUGGUGUUGUUUCGGCGCCGCUGGUCAGUAGGCAGUGAUGACCUGGUGUUGCCUGCACUCUUUCUCUUUCUACUGCACUCCAUAUGGCUGGUGGUCCUGCUGGUGGUGCUGUUCGGCCUGCCCUACGGCUCGGACCAGUCGUGCUCCAUCACGCUGGUGGACCAUGGCUGUGGCUACCUGGGCAUCCUGGUCAGUUGCCUGAUUUGCGAGAGCGCCAUCAUGUGGCUGAGCAUGAGGGGCAGCAUCCUCUACACGCAGCCCCGCGAUGCUGUGCAGUACGUGCUUUACAUACGACUGGCCAUUCUGCUGGUGGAGCUGGUGUAUGCGGUGGUGGGCAUCGCAUGGCUGGUGCAGUACUAUCAACCCUGCUCUGAUGUCACCGCCAAGAAUCUCACCCUAGGAAUCGUAGCCUGCAACUGGCUGGUGAUCUUCAGCGUGUGCUUCACCCUCAUGUGUACCUUUGAUCCCACGGGACGCACGUUUGUCAAACUGAAAGCAACCCGGCGCCGGCAGCGCAACCUGACCACAUACACACUUAGACAUAGGCUGGAGGAGGGCCAGGCCAGCAGCUGGAGCAGGAGACUCAAGUUUAUCAUGUGCUGCACCAGAGCCCAGGACACCCAGUCUGACGCCUACUCGGAGGUGGCCAGCCUGUUCGCCGAGUUCUUCCGAGACCUGGACAUCGUGCCCAGUGACAUCAUUGCUGGCCUGGUGCUCCUCAGACAGCGGCAAAGGGCCAAGCGCUCGUCCAUCUUGGACCAGGCAAACAACGACAUUAUCGCCUUCUUAUCCGGAAUGCCUGUAACUCGCAACACAAAAUACCUGGACCUUAAAAACUCUGUUGAGAUGAGUAUGUAUAAGGAGGUGUGCUACUACAUGCUGUUUGCUCUGGCGGCGUACGGCUGGCCCAUGUAUCUGCUGAGGAAGCCUGCCUGUGGGCUGUGCAGGCUGGCCAGCUCCUGCUCAUGCACAUCAGGGUCGAGCUCACGUAUGACCCACGCCGUGACCGUGGAGGAGGAUAACUGCUGUGGCUGUAAUGUCCUCGCUAUCCGCCGCCACUUUCUGGACCAAGACCUCAAGCAGGUCCAGAUCGUCUACAUGUCUUGCCAUGAUGCGGUGUAUGAGACCCCAUUUUUCGUAGCAGUCGACCAUGGGAAGAAGAAAGUCGUCAUCAGUAUUCGAGGAACUCUGUCCCUUAAAGACGCUCUGACCGACCUCACAGGGGACUCGGAGCGUUUGCCUGUCGAGGGGCAGCAUGGCACCUGGCUUGGGCACAAGGGCAUGGUGUACUCAGCAGAGUACAUCAAGAAGAAACUGGAGCAGGAGAUGAUACUGUCCCAGGCCUUCGGGAGAGAUCUGAGCAAAGGCACAAUGCAUUAUGGCCUGGUGAUCGUGGGCCACUCGUUGGGCGCAGGCACUGCAGCGAUCCUCUCUUUCCUGCUGCGGCCCCAGUACCCGUCCCUGCACUGCUACGCCUACUCCCCCCCAGGUGGCCUUCUCAGUGAGGAUGCCAUGGAGUACUCGAAGGAGUUUUGCACCUCAGUGGUAUUGGGAAAGGAUCUGGUUCCAAGGAUUGGCCUCUUCCAGCUAGAAGGGUUCCGUCGUCACCUUCUGGACGUCUUACAAAAGAGCGACAAGCCAAAGUGGAGAAUCAUUGCGGGCGGCACCAAGUGCAUUCCCAAAUCGGAGUUCCCGGAGGAGGAGGACGGCCCCCAGCCUCAGGGCCCGGCCCCGCCCAGCUCCCGCCUCUGGCUGCACCCCAGUGACUUAAGCAUCGCCCUGUCUGCCUCCACCCCCCUCUACCCGCCGGGACGGGUCAUCCACGUGGUGCACAACCACCCCCCGGAGUCAUGCUGUGGACAGGAAGAUCCCACGUACUCCGCCCUGUGGGGCGACAACAAGGCCUUCGAUGAAGUCAUCAUCUCCCCUGCCAUGCUGAACGAGCACAUGCCACACAUGGUGAUGGAGGGUCUCCACAAGGUACUGGAGAAUUACAACAAAGGAAAGACUGCCCUCCUGUCAGCUGCUAAGAUCAUGGUGAGCCCCACUGAGGUGGACCUGAACCCUGAGACCAUCUUCAUGGGUGCCAACACUCCUCGCCAGCCCAGUCCUGUCACACACCAUCGCAGAAACAGCAGUGUCCGCUCCUGUGCCCGCUCAGAGAUCUCUCUGGACGGCUUUGCCGAGUGCCCCCCUCCCCCGGUGCCCGUGGUGCUGACGGGGGCCCGUGAGCGCCUGGCCGUGGAGCUGUGUGAGCGCCGCGCCCCGCUGGCCGUGAUGGAGAGCCUGUCCGACGCCGAGUCCCUGUACAGCCUGGACUCCCGGCGCUCCUCGGCGGCCCUGCGUGGCUCCCCCUGCCUGGGCGGCCUCCCUUUCCCCCUGAACGCCCCCAUCCCUGAGGAGAACCCCUCCAUCAGCUCCCGCACCGAGCUGCUGGCUGCCGACGGCCUCCAGCCGGCCACCCCUGAUCACGAGCUUGGUGAGCCAGGGCCCUACUGCCCCACACCGCCCCUAGAGUACUCCCCACAUCUCUCCCCUGCCACCCCCCGCUACAGCGCCCACAUCCCACCAGUCCUGGGGCAGACGGUGAUCGGACAGCCUCACUACCAGAGAGACACCUCCCAGGCUAAAGCAGCAGAGACUGUAAAGGUUUACCUGCAGUCUGGUCCCCCCAGCCCGGAAAUGCCACCCUCGGUGCCCCACAGUCCACGGGGCAGCAGCACCCCACUGGAGCGAGGCAGCCAGGAGUCAGUGGUGGAUAUGGGGCCAAAGGCUGGGAGAGAGAAGCCUCCAGCGGCCAAGGCAGAGAGCCAGUCCCCAGCAGCAGCAGCAGCAGCUUCCCAGCCCCCUCUCUCUAAUGGAAACCCCAGCCAGGUGGUGCUGGAGUUUGCCCAGUACUUGGACUCUCUCUUCAGGUUAGAUGGCAGCAGCUCUCCCCCUCUGGAGCUGUCAGACGGCGAGUCGGAGUCUGGCCGUGGCUCCUACAGCCAGAGCGAGGGCCAGAAUGAGGGCCAGAGGCCGGGCCAGCAGGCGGAGGACAGGGACAGGCAGCUGCUGGCCCGGGCCACCUUGGAGCCCAACCUGGUGCCCAAGCCCCCACGCACGUUUGCUGGCUCUGCAGAUCCCUCCUCUGGAAUCUCUCUGUCUCCCUCCUACCCCCUCUCCUCAUCUGGGGAGCUGAAUGACCUCUCCCCCGCAGAUGGGACUCCGGCUGCCAAUCACAUACGAACUUCUCCUCCCUGUCCCUACAAUGAAGAGAAUGCACUCUCAUCUAUGGUGUAGUGCAGGACUGUAUUCUCUCUCUCUCUUUAUUUCUCAUCUCUCUCUUUCUCUCUUUUUCUCUCUCUCUCUUUUUCUCUCCCUCUCUCUCUUUUUCUCGCAAUCUUAUUCUCUCACUGUUGCUCUCUCUAUCAGUCUCUAUCACAUACAGUUGGUGCAUUUAUUGGAUAAUCUGAACGGAUUGUGCAACAUGCAUGCGUAGCAAUGCAAUCUGACUUCCAGGACAGCUGGCUAUCAAAAACUCGCUGAACAGCAACCUCAUUUUGUAGUUGUUUUUUUGUCUGCUGUCCAUACUGAAUGCUUCAUGUCUCUCACUGUCCUGCUCACUCUUAGCAUUCCAAACGUCCAGCGUAUCACCCGAGCUCAUUGGGCGAAUAACGCCCCACCCUCCUCUGUCUCACCCACAGAUAUUGUGGGCAGCAACACUAAUGGCAUCACUGCCAUUCACCACGGAGACUUGCACAAGAGAAUGAAAAACAAAUCACGUAAUGUACCAUUUUACUUCUUGUUUACAUUUGCAUUUAUUAUUUGAGUAUGUAAUAAAGGAAGCCAUCUUUGAUGGCAGGAAGUGCCAGGUUAGGGUACAUAGACUAAGUAUGGCACUGAGUCUGAUAGCAAUGCCAUACACUGAAUGUUAUCGCACACAUUAAGCAUUACUUUCAUGGAAGUUCCCUUUUUAGUACGGCAUACACGUGGAAUGCAGAGACAAUAAGGAGAGCUGAACCAUGGCACCAGUGCAGGGACUCUUUUUAGUGUGUUUGGAUGAAACUCAAAGGAAAUUAGAAGUUUAAGAUGGAGCUAGAGGGAAAAAGAGGGAAGAGAGAAAGUGUUUGGGAGUUAUGGCACACAAAUUCCUCAGGUUUAUAUGAAUGGACGGAGCAGAUUACCAAACAGAGAAAGCCACAGUUGAACAUGAGUUGACUUAACACACCGGGUGUUGAAUAGUGAUUAUGAAAAUGUAUGUAUGUUGAACAGUGUCCUGGUAAGCCUUUUUUGUAGGGUGUGGGAGGCUUCGAUUGUGCUUUGAUAUGCAUGAAAAGAGAACAUUCCCCGAGCAUAUCACUCCUCCAAGUCAGCCCCAAUCUACACUACACCUCCACCCACAUCGGCAUACUCAUUUUAACCCCUUGCCAAAAAAAAGAUUACAAAAAUGUUCAAUUGCCAAAUAUAUUUUAAGAGAUUUAGUAAUUUGUCAGUCUAGUACAUGCGUAAUGAAUCCGUGACCAAUGCAAACACUACACACAGGGAUGUGAAAGGGAUGGCUCUGGGCAGUAGUUGCGAGCACUGCCAAACACUGGCCAAACCGAUGGAGAUGGCUCCCAGAGAGAUGAUGUCAUCUCUGCUACACUGCCAAGAUAGAGCAUGUAUGUGGGUCUCAGGGCCAUGGUGCUUUUAGACGAAGCAUGGGAAUCAAUGUACGGGUGAGCCCCCUCUCUCCUGAGGGCACAGUUACCUUUAAACCAGUUCAUCUCAAGCACACGCGGGCUGGGACUGGCAGAUAUGGGCACUCAGGGUUGCCCCUCGCCCCAUGUCCCUCAUCUUCCUCUAAAACAAGAGGAAGAGCAGCGAAGCAAGCCUCAUGUCUGUGGGAAUUUUACACUUUUCUUUUCUCUUUUUCUUCUCUUUUUUGGAAUGUGAUGUCAUUCAUAUCUGACCAUUUAUUUAUUACCAUUACUGUUAUCGUUAUUAUUACUACUCUUACAAUAAUUGGUGUUAUUAUGAUCCAUUAAGACAGUUAUUAUUAUGGUUAUUGCUUCAGAAUGGUUUGCCUUUUUCUAUAAUUGAAAUGAAUUGUAUUGAGUUGAGUUAGGGGUUUGCGGUGAAAUCACAGCUCUUUUGAAGUAAAGAAAUUCCUCCUAUGACCCUGUGAAGAAGUACCCCUGGUGGAACUGGCGGUCAGCUUCACUUUUGAAAUAAUGAUGUAUAAAAGGCACAGGAAACUGUGUGUUUAUGUGUGUGUGUGUGUGUGUGUGUGUGUGUGUGUGCGUGUAUGUAUGCAUUUAUUUGUUUUCGGGUGUUUAGUGUUGAAGUUAUUGCGCUUUACGAGGUCCUAGCCGAGAUAUUUGACCAUGAAGAAAACUCAACAUUGGAAUCGGCCAUUAAAUUUGCCAACAAACUCUUCUUCAGGAAGUUUUGGGGUGAUAUUUUAUCUUUUUACCUUUUUUAAAAUCUUAGUUACCAUUCGAUGAUGAUCCACCUGCUGACCUCUGAGUAGUAGAGCACAGAACGCAAAUUCUGCUUUUGCAGUUUUCCAAUGCAAUCGUAGCGGGCACUGGACCAUUGGAAAUACCAUGGGAGACCCCAGGGUACUUUUUCACAGCGGCUGUGUACAGCACUGUCUUCAUUGUGUACUUAUUUAUAUGCAAGUAUAUCUGUCUUGUUUCCCGUCUUUGAGAAAAGAGGAAUAAGAAAAAACUAAACCCAAUAGGACAUGAGCUAGAUACAAAAUACUGUAUAAAAUAUAAAUGGUAAUGACUUUAUCACAGAUAUAUAUCGAUAUUGACAGAUAUUAAAGAAUAUAUUUAGCAAGAGACACACCGGCCGAUUUAAGAGGAUAUAAAUAAAUAUCUAUAUAUCUAUAAAUAUGUAUACGACAGUUGUAGGAUUUGGUUUUAAUGUCAAAUGAUGGAAAAAGUAAUUGAUCUAUGUCUAUGUUUACCAGAUACCCUGCCCCAAUCCCUCGCCCCCCUCCUUGAAUGAGAAUGUAAACCCUCCCCACUGCCCUGCCUGUAAUAGAAUAAUACUAAGCCAAUUUCAGAGGAAAUAAAGGUCUCCAAACUUA